CCAGACCUCUGGAGGUUCUAACCCCCACUACUGCAGCCUCGGUCUAAGUUCUCUCCGGGCUCACCGUGAGCUCCUCCCCCGAAGCGCUCUCCCCGCCCACAGGCUCCUCCCCCAAAGCUCUCUCCCCGCCCACAGGCUCCUCCCACGAAGCUCUCUCCCGCCCACCGGCCCCUUCCCCGAAGUUCUCUCCCCGCCCACCGGCCCCUUCCCCGAAGCUCUCUCCCCGCCCACAGGCUCCUCCCAAAAGCUCUCUCCCCGCCCGCCAGUUCCUCCCGAGGUUCUAGCCCCAGCCCGCUCCACGUCCUGCGGUUAUAACUCCGCCCACUAGCUCCGCCCCAGCUCCUAUCCCCGCCUACCAGGCCUCCCCUGCAGGGGGUCCCUUCCCCACCCCAAAUUCGCACUCCCCUGGCGUCAUUACUCAUUCUUGGCCACGAAUGAUCCGGAGAGCUUUUCGGGUUAUUCAGUGUCGAACCACCCCGCAACCCCCGUUCCCGCCCCGCCUUGACUCAGUUCCUUCUCAAUUUCCUCUCGCUUUUCAACCCUCUCCGGUACAUUUCCGGGGGAAAAGAGUAGAGAGGGUAGCGUCGGCCAGGGGAUAGUGAAAGCAAAGGUCCUCGAGGUUCGAGGGACAAGCCCUGGACCCCAAGCCCCUGCCUCCGCGACGUUCGGCCUCCCUAGACCUCUGGUAAAAUGAAGCUCCGUCCUCCCUGUCUUUCAAGCGGCUGGUCGGUGGGGGGAGAUCCGACAGCGUGGAGAAGUCUGCGCAACGUUCCUGCUGCGGGGUCAGAAUCCCACUUACUCAAGGGCUGGCUGUGUGACCUCGGACCGGUUACUUAACCUCUCUGUGCCCGUUUCCUUCUCUGAAGCAGGGCUAAGACUAGUCCAGCCCGUCCAGUUUGAAAUUGCAAGGAAAGCGCUUAGAAGAGCGGCCGGAAUAAAGAACGCAGUCACUCAACGGUGGCUGUGGUUAACUACACGCCUUCGCUCGACUAAUAUUGCCUGAGCACCUACUGUGGGCCGGGCCUGCCAGUCUAGCCCUUGCAUAAAAGGCCAGGUCACCUGUGUCCUGCUUCCUCCCCUCCAGCCUGGAUCAUGCUCCAGCUCCUCACCAGUCUGGCGCUCUUGGGAGCGCUGGCCACCCCAGCAGGGACCUCCAAGACGUGUCCAGUCUGCUCUUUGCUGGGAAACUGCACCGAGAUGACCUGUCCUCCCACCAAGGAAGCCUGCGUGUUUGGCCAGAUGCAGCUGGAAAAUGGGACCCUCAUCAGGAACGGGUCGUGUGUCUCGGAAUGCCGAGAAGGUGUCUACACCCUGACCUACAGCCCCCACUCGAGCCUCUGGGUCAGCACAGACUGUUGUGUAAACGGCUGCGGCAGGGCCGCCCGACAAGAGGCAGGGUCCGAAGCCCAGCUCAACGGAGUGCAAUGUCCCUACUGUUCUGGGGACAAGUCAGCCUCCUGUGACUCCCUUUCGGUCAUGAACUGCACAGGGGACCAGACUAUGUGUCUCACCCUCAACGGGACGUGGAAUGGAGGGGGUCCCCAAAUCCUGAAGGGCUGUGCUACCCCAAAUGUCUGCCACCUGCAAGUGAACACCACCCUGGGCCCAGAAGCGUCUGGAUUUCGUCUCGUCAGCCAGCCUGAAUGCAACUAUGUGGUUACACCCACCCUGCCAGGUCCCCCUGCAAACACGUCUCUGACCACGGACAGGGUCACUGUCUGUGUCACCUGCUCAGGACUCAAUACUUGUGACGCUGUCCUCUGCCCAGCAGAUCGGAACUACUGCCUUCAGACAGCAGGCAUCCUAGCCUUAGGGAAAGGUGACUCUGUCGUCUGGAGAAGCGGCUCCUGUGUGGCCCUCAGGGACUGCCUAUUUGGCAGCUCUGUCUCUGCCUUCACCUCCAGCGUGGACUUUGGCUUCCAGAUCAACUCCACCUGUUGCCAAGGCAACUGCCAAGCACUCACUCCUCCCGAAGGGGUGCCAGCCUCACACCCCCUGAGCGGGUUCCUGUGUCCUACAUGUCCUAACGGCCACCCAGGGCCCUGCAAUUCCUCCUUCUACGUGCAGUGUCCCGUCGGGGAGACUGAGUGUGUCCAGCUGGAUCUGCUGUCUAUAGAAGGCAGCCAGAACGUGACCCUGCGCGGCUGCGGCUCCCAAAACCUGUGCGGGGUCCCCGACGCCACCGCCAAGGCGCUGCUGACGUUCCCCGGCCACCGGCUGGCCCAACAGCCCCACUGCAGCACCAGCCGGCGCGCCAUCCUGGAAUCCGAGUGCCCCUCUGGCGCGCCGCCUGGCCUCCGCCUCGCCCGGUCCGUGCUGCUGGUGGCCCUGGGCUUCCUGGCCCUCUCCUGAGCAGUCCCGCCUCCACCCUAACCCUCCACCACCCUCGCCCCGCAGCCGCUCAACCUCGCUUGCUUCCCACCUCGCUAGAGGGCGCCCUGGCUCCCCUCCCCUUCCACGGUUCUAGGCCUGGAAGCUUCUGGUGAGAAAAGUCAGAAGGACUGAGCCUCCUCCCUCAGACUAAGGGCUUCCCCAGGGCAAGUCCUCUUUCUUAACACCAGGGUCCCAAAGGAUGUAGCUCCUCCCUCCUACUAGGCUGUACUUCUCAGAUCUCAGACUAGAGAGGCCUCUGCGGACACACAAUCUUCAUAUGGGUGGGGGGGGGGGGUGUGCAAAGACUAAGCCUCUUUCCUCAAACUAGGGGGUCUCCAACACCUGGCCAUUCCCUUAGACUGGGGCUGUGUCUGUUUUCCUGAACAUUGGGAAACAGCCCCUUCUGUCUUCCUCUUUAGGGUUUAGCAAAGUCCUGGGCAGCCAAGAUGGGGCUUCAGGACCAAAUACACCCCCUUCCCAGGCUUGUAGAGCAGCCCAUUCUAUCCCCACCAGGGGCCCUCUUCUAUCUGGGUUCAGCCUGCCCUCUGUAACCAAAUCUGAAUGAACCGCAUCC